UGUAGAUUUUUACAGCAUAUCUAGAGAUAGAUAUUUUUUUGCUCACUUCAUAAAAACUUUUUGGCAGCAAAAAGUUUAGCUACCAUUUACAUUUUGAGAGCAUUCAUCUACUAAGGUCCAUACAAACCAUAAUCAUCAAAUAAUCAAUCUUAAAAGGAUGUAUAUUGGUGAUAUUUAUCAAUCUAAUGAUGAAAUUGACAAUGAAAAAAGCAGAAAAUCUGUUAUAAGAGUGAAUCAUAAGAAAAGAUCAAUAACUACAACUUUACAAUUCACAAAGAGGGACUUUGAAUUCAACAAUAAUAAUAAUGAUGUAUCAUUCGGAACAAACUUAUUACUUGGAGAAGAUCCUAUAGUGCAACAUAGUGGUGUCCAAAGCAUGGCGCUAUUUAAAGACUUUGGUUCAUAUGAUUUAUACGCCUGUACAGGAUACUGCUACGUACUUUUGGUUUUUGGAUUUGUUGUAUUUGGCGCUAUCGCCUUUGCUACAAGAGAGUACUGGCUUUCAUUUGCAAAAAGGGCCAUGUCAGCUACAAGUGCAAGAUUACGUGAUAUUAAUUGGAAUGCUGCUACUGUAACAGGAAUUGCAAAGGAAAAUGUUGAAGAAGAGAAAAAUGAUAUUGUUGAUAAUACUUCUUUCCAAAAUGAUGCUUAUAACCUAGGUCAAGGUAAUGAAGAACAAUUAGAGAAUGGAAAGGAACCUGUAAGCCCAGCGGUUGGAUAUGAAAUGGAAAGGAAUGGAAGUCAAUCUCUUGGACCCCAAAUGCCUUUGAACUCAAUAUUUUCUCACUUUGCAGACAGCCAGGGUUUUGGUAAUUCUGGAGCAAUAAGAAGUUCAAGUUCAGAGAGUUUACAAACGAAAAUACAAUCUUUAUUACAUAUAAAGAUACUUAAUGAUGACAAUGGUAGUGAUGCUGUUAGUGAAGAUUCAAUAACUGGUUUUAUAAAAACGGCACUUAUAGAGAGAGAAGGAUUAGGACAUUAUAAUGUUGAUAAAAAGAGAUAUUAUUAUAAAGAUCUUUAUGAAAUUAGAAAUAAAAUCAACAAGCUGUUAUUUUCCAAAUUAAGGGAUGAAGAAGGUGAUAAGCAAUAUAUAAAAUUGACUACACUACUUACAUGUUCUAAACCUUACCCACUUCUGACUUUCCCCUCCGUUCUCUUAGCCAAUCAAGCCAUUGUCGAUAUUCGUCCCAACUUUAUAGAUGAAAAAUAUGAAGCAGCUCUAAAGAAAGAAAGUUCUCCAAAGGCGGAAUCUAUUUUACAAGGAAUUAGAAUCCAGAAAGCUGAAAAUGCUCUUAAUGUUGUGAAAUUAUUAUCUAUGGGUGCUUCAUAUAAAUUAUUUGAUAAUCCUAAUUAUUUUAUUCCUAGUUUCAAUGAUGUAAUUGAAUUUAUCAUGGAUAAUAAUUACUUAUUUAAUAUUAUUAAAGUCAAUUCAAACAUUUGUCAGUACGAUCAAAGUUUAUUCAUUGAAAUGGUAUUAAUGUAUUGUUGGACUCAUUAUACAUUUAAACAAGCUGAAGAAGAAUUGGUUAAAAGAGAUGAUGAAGAAGAGUUAUCAUUUAAACAAGCUCAGUUUUUAUCACUUAAGAAAACUUUUGAGCAAUGGAAUUUAGUUGAUCCAAUAGUUCAAUCGAGACAUAAUAUAUUUAGAUAUUUUUGUAAUAUUUUAUUAGGAUUAGGACCUACAGAUUGGAUACCUCAGACAAUAAGGAUAGAAAUUGAAUUAAAGGCAUUUAUUUUACUCCGAGAAGCCGUUAAAAUUUCAGUUUGUCAUGAAUAUUUAAGUAUGAUACCUAUGAUUGCUAUAGCAAUUGCAAUAACUUUUACAUCAGGAACCAAAUAUUUAUUUUAUGAAAUUUUAAAUAAAAUUCUUAAGACUCAUUCUAAUUGUUGUAUGAAAGAAUAUUUACAACAAAAUGAUAGUGAUUUAAAAGCAAUAAUUCAACAUGGAUUUUGGUCGAAGAAUGAUUCAAAAGUUUUUAAACAAACGGAGAAAAUCUAUGAAUAUUUAAUUAGUAAAAAAUUUGAAAUAGUUGAGAAAUGGAAAGCUGAAGUUGAACAAGAUGGUACUACAUUUCCUAGUAAUGUUAUAUAUAAAGGACCACCUAUAAUUCCACCAACAGCUAAUCCAUUAAAUGAAGUAAAUUUCCCUCAAGUUCCAGAUACUCCAUUACGUGAAGUUGCAAAAGUACCUGAAUUUUCUACAGCUCGUCAAAGACCAACAACUCCUGGAGCAUGGAGUGUACUAAGGGAAGAUAAUAAUCAAGGUAAUAAUAAUCAUAAUAAUACUAUGAAUGAUGAUGGAGAUGAAGAAGGUGACGGUGAACCAGAAAUAGAAGGAAGUAGAGGAAGUGAUAAGGGAAUAAAACAUCAACGUCAACUUAAUCCUCUCAUAUAGUUACGACAUUUAUAAUCUUAAAAAUGUAUAUAUAUAAACAUCUUAUAUAAAAGAAUUGCAACCAAAUAGAUUAAAAGUUGAAUUAAAAUAUAUUAUAUGCCGUAUUUAAACAAAUGACACAAAAGGCGAUAGAGUUUGCAUGUGAAGCGCACCUUCAGGAGAUAAUAAUUUGAACCGAGCUUUAACUGAUUUUGUCUGUACCGAGAAUUACUGAGCACCGAUAAUUUAGUGAGCCCAUUGGAACUCAUGAGACUAUCUUAAUUAUUGAUAUGUUUAUUCGUAGGGGUGUCUAGUUGGACUAAUAAUGUGUAGAUAUAAUUAGUAUGCUUGUAAUGAUACAACUAUAUAGUAUGGAAUGACCAGUUAUACUAGAUAACUCCACGGUAAAUGAACUAGUACUAAUAACAUAUAUUAC